CUCUGUCUUCAGCUGGGCACUCCCUCCCUGCACCAUGUCUUACAGUUGUGGCCUGCCCAGCCUGAGCUGCCGCACCAGCUGCUCCUCCCGGCCCUGCGUGCCCCCCAGCUGCCACGGCUGCACCCUACCUGGGGCCUGCAACAUCCCCGCCAAUGUGGGCAACUGCAACUGGUUCUGCGAGGGCUCCUUCAAUGGCAGCGAGAAGGAGACCAUGCAGUUCCUGAACGACCGCCUGGCCAGCUACCUGGAGAAGGUGCGUCAGCUGGAGCGGGAAAACGCGGAGCUGGAGAACCUCAUCCGGGAGCGGUCGCAGCAGCAGGAGCCCUUGGUGUGCGCCAGCUACCAGUCCUACUUCAAGACCAUCGAGGAGCUCCAGCAGAAGAUCCUGUGCAGCAAGUCUGAGAAUGCCAGGCUUGUGGUGCAGAUCGACAAUGCCAAGCUGGCCUCAGACGACUUCAGGACCAAACCUGAGAUGUCCCUGCGGCAGCUGGUGGAGUCGGACAUCAAUGGCCUGCGCAGAAUCCUGGAUGAGCUGACCCUGUGCAGGUCUGACCUGGAGGCCCAGGUGGAAUCCCUGAAGGAGGAGCUGCUGUGCCUCAAGCAGAACCAUGAGCAGGAGGUCAACACGCUGCGCUGCCAGCUUGGAGACCGCCUCAACGUAGAGGUGGACGCUGCCCCUGCUGUGGACCUGAACCAGGUCCUGAACGAGACCAGGAGUCAGUAUGAGGCCCUGGUGGAAACCAACCGCAGGGAAGUGGAGCAAUGGUUCGCCACGCAGACCGAGGAGCUGAACAAGCAGGUGGUAUCCAGCGCAGAGCAGCUGCAGUCCUACCAGGCGGAGAUCAUCGAGCUGAGACGCACGGUCAACGCCCUGGAGAUUGAGCUGCAGGCCCAGCACAACCUGCGAGACUCUCUGGAAAACACGCUGACGGAGAGCGAGGCCCGCUACAGCUCCCAGCUGUCCCAGGUGCAGAGCCUGAUCACCAACGUGGAGUCCCAGCUGGCAGAGAUCCGCUGUGACCUGGAGCGGCAGAACCAAGAGUACCAGGUGCUGCUGGACGUGCGUGCCCGGCUGGAGUGUGAGAUCAACACGUACCGGAGCCUCCUGGAGAGCGAGGACUGCAAGCUCCCCUCCAACCCCUGCGCCACAACAAAUGCAUGUGACAAGUCCAUUGGGCCCUGUAUCUCUAAUCCCUGUGGCCCACGUGCUCGGUGCGGGCCUUGCAACACUUUUGGGUGCUAGAGGCCCCAUGACCAGGAGGAGAAGAAAGGCAUCAGUCACACCCCAACUCUACUUCAUCCCAACAUCUCUAACAGUGAACACACUUUGGAAAGAGGCAGAAACCUUUCUAUCAGCCCUGGCUUCCAAGGGUCAGCUCUAGCCUUCCACUGUAUUCCCUGGCUUAAUUCUUCAGCAUAAGGCUGCAAAAUCUGUCUUCUGAGUCACAUAGAGAGACCUACAGCAGGAUCAAGAUCAGGUAAUAUCUAUCAUCAUAAACACGCAUUUGCAUAACAUGUUAUACCUGAACAAAACUUACCUAAAUGUGAUUUAGAGAAAAUUCAAUUAAUUGUGACAAAACUGAUGGGCAUGCUAUGAAACAGAACAUAAUUGGAGUAAAUCUUCCUUGUCACUCUUGGUCUUUGGAGACGCAAUAGAAAUCCUUUGUUAACCUCCUAAUAAACUCUUUUUCAA